AUGUAUAAAAUGGAAUAUUCUUACCUCAAUUCUUCUGCCUACGAGUCGUGUAUGGCUGGUAUGGACACCUCAAGCCUUGCUUCAGCUUAUGCUGACUUCAGCUCCUGCAGCCAGGCGAGUGGAUUCCAAUAUAAUCCUAUAAGGACCACAUUCGGGGCCACCUCGGGAUGUCCAUCCCUGACUCCAGGAUCCUGCAGCCUUGGAACUCUUAGGGACCAUCAGAGCAGUCCAUACGCAGCAGUACCAUACAAACUGUUCACGGAUCACGGCGGCUUGAAUGAGAAGAGGAAGCAGAGGCGGAUACGGACCACUUUCACCAGCGCCCAGCUGAAAGAAUUAGAGCGAGUGUUUGCGGAGACCCACUACCCAGACAUUUACACGCGGGAAGAGCUGGCGCUAAAGAUUGACCUCACCGAGGCCAGAGUGCAGGUUUGGUUUCAGAACCGACGGGCUAAGUUCCGCAAACAGGAGAGAGCGGCAGCGGCGGCGGCGGCUGCGGCCAAGAAUAGUGGCUCGGCCAAGAAAUCCGACCUGCGCUCAGAGGACGACAACAAGGACUCGAAGCCUGCCGAUCCCGACAGCACGGGUCCGGGCAGCUGCGUGCCGACUUCAGGCAACAGCAGCGGCGCGUCCGGCAACGGAGGAGGUGGAGGACUUGGAGGAGGGGGUGGCGGAGGAGGAGGGGGCGUAGGGGGUGGUGACUCCGCCAAGACGGCGGCAGCAGCGGCUGCGGCAGCAGCAGCCGCCGCUGCCGCUGCAGGAGUAGCCGGCACCGGCUGGGCAACGGGUCCGGGCGGGGUGAGCGCAGUGCCCGACUCAAUAGGAGGUCCUUUCGCCAGCGUACUGUCCUCGCUGCAGAGACCCAACGGAACCAAAGCCACUUUAGUAAAGAGCAGCAUGUUCUGA